UGCAACGAGUUCGAGUCGGUUUUUCAAUCUGUCACCAAGCGCUUGAAAAAUUCAGUGCGGGAAAUCGUUUUUCGUGUCUUUCCGGCGUUUUUCAACCCAUUUCCUUUUGAAAAGUGGUUCUCAAACAGCAGCAGACCAUCGUUUGUUAAAUUCAACUCGAUUUUAGUGGUUUCCGAGGCACAGCGCAAACUCGAACUUUUCUGCUGACGCCAGAUUUUGACGGCGGCACAAUGAACCGAAAGCAGCUCGUCUAUGUGGAGAACGUUCCGCCGACGACCAAAGAGGAACAGCUGGUGCAGUACCUGGAAAAGACGGCCCCGGUGCUGCAGGUUUACUUCCUGAAGGAAAAGCAAUGCACGAAGCGGUCCCUCGCGGCGUUUGUCAGGGUGGCCAGCGAAGCCGAUGUGCCGCUGCUGUUGGCCCGGGACCAGCAAAACUUUCGCGGCAAGCGCCUCUUCAUGUUGCCGACCGAAACGCCGCAGCAGUUCCAGGCUGAAUUGACCAUCAUCGUGCGGAACAUCCACCAGAAAAUCAACGAAGAAUCGCUGUUUGAUCACUUUGAAGACUGCGGCAAGAUAACGUGGUUGCAGGUUCGUACCGACGAUUUUGCGUACAUCGGCUUCGAGGACAAGACGGCUGUGCGUCACGCAAUGGCCAAGAACAACAUCCCGCUGAAGAACAGCCAGCUCAAGGUGCAGAUUCUUACCCGGAACGUGGACAUCAUGAUCGUGAAUCUGGACACGCUGCCCAACCGGAUGCCGGAGCUGUACCGUCAGCUGUGUCAACCGGUGGCACCUCGAGCCAACGCGGGUCAGCAGCCGGAACCGAUGGAUCAGGAUCCUCCCCUGAACCAGUCACAGGUCCAAAGGCAAAGUCAGCAGCAGCAGCAACGUCCUCAGCAAAACCAACAGCAAGGUACGCUGGUUGAUAAGCUGAAGGAGAAAGCCAACCAGUUGGCUGGAAAACAGCCACCAUUCCAGCAGAACCAGAACCAAAAUCAACAACAGCAACAGAAACAGCAGAAUCCACAGCCGCAACGGAACCAAAACCAACAACAACAACAAAAUCAGCAAAAACAACAGCAGCAGCAGCAGCAACAAAACCAACAAAGGCAACUGCAGCAACAACAAAACCAACAGAGACAACAGCAGCAACAACAACAGCAGAAGUUGCAGCAGCAACAAAAUCAGCAAAAGCAACAACAACAACCUAAACCGCAACCCGUUCAGCCGGUCCAAGCCCCGAAGGCACCCGCCGUGACCAACGGUCAAGCGGCCAAGCCACCGCAACAGGCGCCGGUCGUCGAAACGAUGGACUUUACGGCGGAUGACUCAAACGACUUCCAAGCCGACGAAAUGGCCACGGACGUGGAAAUUGUCGAAGACACCGUAGAAAUCGUCGAUCUGGACCUGGACGAGGUGGAAAUCGAGGAGGACACCUCGACGAUCCCUCCGAUCCCGUCAAAGUACACCCAAAAGCCAACGGAUUACAUGCGCGCUGUCAAGGCGUCCGAGCUGAACCUGAUCGACGUCGAGCUAAAGAGCCCGGGCGAUCGGUGCGCCGUGUGGGUGAACAACAUCCAGCCGGAAACGCGCCGGCUGGACAUUGCCAAGUACAUGGAGCAGUUUGGCAACGUGGAGAGCUUCAAGGUUGGCACGUCGAAGGCUUGCUUCUUCACCAACUGGGCCAAGGUGAUCUUCUGCGACGAGGAGAGUGCCGAUCGGGCGGCCGAGUACUUUUUGCACCCGUUCCGUGGCCAGUACCUGUUUGUGCUGUCGUGCAAGAAGGCCGUCGACGAGGUGCCGGAGAAGUGCUUCGUGAUUGACUAUUUGUCCAAGUACAUCACCUACGAGGACGUUGUGCGCGCGUUCAAACCCGUCGGAGAGGUGUUCUACAUGGUUCGGCUGUACAACAACACGUCCAAGGUGCGCAUCUUUUUCGUGAAGACCGUUAGCGCGGCCAAGGUGCUCGCCAUCAAGACGGUCGACGGAUGCGCCAUCAAGGUGGAGACGUUCCAGAAGGAUAUGGACCUGAAGAUUCCGAAGGCCAAGAUGCUGCAGUACAAGGAGUCGCGGGACAUCAUCACCAGCAAGAAGGCGGCACGCAUCGCUAAAAUCUACGACGUAGCCAAGCAGGAAGCCCACGACCGCACAAACAACCGGCCCGGAUACGUCAACCCGGAUGUGAAGAAAAAUCCCGUUGAGAUCAUCAUCCACAACGUGUCGAAAAGCGUCAACGAUGCUCGCAUCACCGAAUUUCUCAAGCCGGUCGGCGUUCCGACCGGCAUUCGCCGCGUUCCGGAACCGUUCGACGACCUGGCCGAGCAGGUGUUUGUCGGGUUUAGUACGCUCUCGAAGGCACUGACCGCGGCGCAAAUGUCCAUCACGGAGACGCUGGGUGGCUUCACGCCGUUCGUGUUUGCCGCCUGGACGGUGCCCGCGAUGAAGGACGACAACACGGUCAAGUUGCGGUUCGAGGCGGGAUCCAACCCGACCAUUCAAAGCAUCCACGACGGAAUGGCCGUUUACGGGGCGGUGCGUUACGUGGGCAAGACUGCCGCCGAUCAGGCCAUUGUCGUGUUCAAGUGGCUCAAUCAAGGCGUGCAAAAGGCCACCGAGGUCCAGCAGAUUGGCACCGUGAAGGUGGUCAGUGCAGAGAAAUUCAGCUCGAAUUCGUUUACCGGCGCCUCGAAGCCAGAGGAGAAUACAAUCGUAAUCGACGACGAUGAUGAAGUUGUGGUCGUUACGAGCGACGUUCCGGCCAACAAGGGGAAGGCCAAUCAAGACAACGCGAAACCGAAACCGGCCAAUAACAACCAAAAGCGUCAACAGAACCAGCCACAAAAUCAGCAGCGUCAACAGAACCAGCCCCAAAAUCAGCAAAGACAGCAGCGUCCGCAGCAGCAGUUCCAAAACCAGAGGGAACCGUCGCCGUCGCAGGAACUUCGACAGAUGUUUAACCGACCGAACCGAAACUUCCAGAACCAGAACAGUACCCAGCAACAGUUUCAGCAACGUGCUCAACAGUUCCGUAUGCAACAGCAGCAACAAGAACAGCAAAUGCAGCAGCGCCAACCGACCAACCCGUGGCAAGUGCCGGAUCCCCAGAUUCGUCCGUUCAUUCAUGAAAAUCCUCGCGAACAGUUUAUGCGACCCAACCAAAACAACCAGUUCAGACAGAACAACUUCAACAACCAGUUUGAUCGCUUUGGACCGGGCGGCGGCGGCGGCAAUCAGUACGGCGGACCGAAUGACAUGUUCAACCGCGAGCGUCCCCAUCCGAUGGACAACAUGGACGACUAUGGUAUGAGACGCGACAACUUUAACCGUGGCCAGCCGAUGUUUGUCGACGAUCCGCCGCUGGAUCGCUUCCAGGAGCCGAUUCCGCCAUGGCGCCAGCGUUCCCCGUUCGGGCAGCAACAGCCGAUGUUUAACCGUCGUGACGAUGACGAUGAGCUUGGCAACAUCCCGUCGAACAUCCCGGAGGAAGAUCUGGACGAGUACAUUAUGCGCAAGCAGGAGAUGAUCAAGCGUCGCCUGGAACAGCUGGACAAACAGCUGAUCUGCUCGGUGGAGAGUUCCCGCCAGCACGAUAUGGACAUGCCGCCACGACGUGGUGGAGGUGGUCGCGGUGGUGCCACCGUCAUCAGCCACACCGGCGAUGUCCACUUUGUGCCGAAUCCGGCCGCGGCGGCCCGCGCUCGCAACAACAACCCACGUGGACGGAACAACCAGGGUGGUGCCGGUCGUCCGAACCGCCCGAAUGAUCCAAAGGGUGGAGCUAACGCUAAUCGCAGCACCUACCGUAACCGCAAUCCGUUCGACGACGUUGAGAUUGUGCCGAUCAUUCGGGACCGCGAUGGGUCGCCGUCACCCAAGCGUAACCGUGAGGCGGGGCAAAAGGAAGAUAACUUUGCUGACCGCUUCAACGCUGCAUGGAGCUAAAUGCUCAGCGCUAAGGCGGCGGUCACUUAUCUUGAUUAAUAUUUACUAGAAUUACAUUGCUAUUUCCCGUACUCCCCAAGUGGAGAGUACACAUUUUUUCAACGAUUGACAUAAUUUGCAAGUGACACUAAGGUGUAUCGUAUCCAGACUAAAGUAACUUGAAUAAACGUAUUACUAGUGCAAA